GGGUUCUUGGCAGUUGAGGGCCUUUCCAUUCCGGUUGCCUUCUGUUCCUGUGCUGCUCCUGCUCCCUGCUCAGCCUUUGCAGACAUGAACCCCAGCGACCCCAGCUACUCUUUGGCUUCACUCUAUGUGGGGGACCUGCAUCCCGACGUGACCGAGGCGAUGCUCUAUGAGAAGUUCAGCCCGGCAGGGCCCAUCCUCUCCAUCCGGGUGUACAGGGACAGGAUCACCCGCCGCUCGCUGGGCUACGCGUCCGUCAACUUCCAGCAGCUGGAGGACGCCGAGCGGGCCUUGGACACCAUGAAUUUCGACGUGAUAAAGGGCAAGCCGGUUCGCAUCAUGUGGUCUCAGCGGGACCCGUCGCUGCGCAAGAGCGGAGUAGGGAACAUAUUUGUGAAAAAUCUGGACAGAUCCAUUGACAGUAAAACGCUGUAUGAUACGUUUUCUGCCUUUGGUAACAUCCUUUCCUGUAAGGUGGUGUGUGAUGAGAAUGGCUCCAAGGGUUACGGCUUUGUACACUUCGAGACACAGGAAGAAGCUGAACGAGCAAUUGAGAAAAUGAACGGGAUGUUCCUAAAUGACCACAAAGUGUUCGUUGGUCGCUUUAAGUCUCGUAGAGACAGGCAGGCUGAACUUGGAGCCAGGGCCAAGGAGUUCACCAAUGUUUACAUCAAGAAUUUGGGAGAAGAUAUGGAUGAUGAGAGACUCCAGGAUCUAUUUGGCAGAUUUGGGCCUGCCUUAAGUGUUAAAGUCAUGACUGAUGAAAGUGGAAAAUCCAAAGGAUUCGGAUUCGUAAGCUUUGAAAGGCAUGAAGAUGCACGAAAGGCAGUGGAAGAGAUGAAUGGAAAAGACCUCAAUGGAAAACAAAUUUAUGUAGGUCGUGCUCAGAAAAAGGUGGAACGACAGACUGAACUGAAGCACAAAUUCGGGCAGAUGAAGCAAGAUAAGCACAAAAUUGAACGGGUACCACAAGAUAGAAGCGUCAGAUGCAAAGGUGUUAACCUCUAUGUGAAAAACCUUGAUGAUGGUAUCGAUGAUGAGCGUCUCCGGAAGGAGUUUUCCCCUUUUGGUACGAUUACUAGUGCAAAGGUAACGAUGGAGGGUGGGCGCAGCAAAGGGUUUGGUUUUGUAUGUUUUUCCUCUCCAGAAGAAGCCACCAAAGCUGUUACAGAAAUGAAUGGUAAAAUAGUGGCCACCAAACCACUCUACGUAGCUUUAGCUCAACGCAAAGAGGAGCGCCAGGCUCACCUCAGUAACCAGUACAUGCAAAGAAUGGCAAGCACCAGUGCCGGGCCUAACCCAGUCGUCAGCCCUUUCCAGCCAGCGCAGGGGCCGUCAGGUUACUGCAUGACAGCUACACCAACUCAGAGCCGUAGGGCAUACUGUGCUCCUAAUCAGACUACUCAGCAAGGACCAAGUGCCCGUGGGAGUGCUCACGGUACCAGAGCUCAUCCAUUCCAAAACAUGUCUAGUACCAUCCACCCAUCACAUACUAUGCCAUCAUUUAGUACUUCAGGACCCACUACCUCACAGGCUAUACGACAUCGUACUGCCAGCACAUCCACACAGAUGAUGGGCCCACAUCCUGCAGCUGCUGCUGCUGCUGCAGCUGCUCCUGCCACCCGCACAAUUACCCAGUAUAAAUAUACUGCUGGAGUCCGAAAUCCCCCUCAGCAUCCUAAUACACAGCCACAUGUCAGCACGCAGCGGUCUGCUGUUCCUGUCCAAGGUAAAGAGUCUUUGACUGCCUCCAUGUUGGCCUCUGCUCCUCCUCAAGCUCAAAAGCAAAUGUUAGGGGAAUGGCUCUUCUCUCUUAUUCAGGCCAUGCACCCUGCCCUUGCUGGUAAAAUCACGGGUAUGCUGUUGGAAAUUGAUAAUAUAGAGCUACGCCACAUGCUUGAGUCUCCAGAGUGUCUCCACACCAAAGUUGAUGAAGCCAUAGCUGUACUGCAAGCUCACCAAGCUAAAGAGACUUCACAGAAAGCAGUCAGCAGUGUUGCUGGUGUCCCAAAUGCUUAAAGAUGAGCAGGUGAAUGCAUAAAAACCCCUGCUUCACUGAAGAAAAAUAUCUAGACAUUGAAAACCCAUGACAACAAAAAGAAAACUAGAAACUAAAUGAAAGGGAAAGGAACUUAUAAUCUCCUGUGCCAAGUCAGAGUCAGGUCUAGUGAGCAAUGCAAAGCCCAAGCCACUUGGUUUAAGACAGCAGAUAACAGAAAUAGUGACAUUUAAGAGCAAAUUAAUGUUAUCGACUUUGGGGAAAUGAUUUUCUUUUUAGGAAAGUGCAAAAAUUUAAAGCAUCUCUUACUUCAGUUGUAAUUCAAAUAGCUCAAGAUGUCAUUUCUAAGUAACAGAACUUGUACUUGAGCAAGGACCAUGAUUUGGAUCAUAGUAUCCUUGCUUUACUAAAGCUUCCUUAAAGAGUAAAAGUGAAAAAAAUAAAGGCAUCGCUGUUGGCUAAUAAUACCUCUGAGACUUCUAGAAGGCUACUCAUGUCGUGUGGCCAGCUGUAUUUCCACUCAGUUGUUGCCGGAUACAAAACACAUGCCAUCUGUAAUUGACAACCCUGUCAAUUGAUGUACCAAAGAACCGCCUUCAACUUAGAAGCUUCUGUCCAAAACAAACUACAGAAAGUGAAUUUUAACAGCUGUCAAAAGUUACCUCCAUAGUCUCUGGACUUCACUGAUCCACUUUAUAGCAUCGAAUGAACUAACUUAUGUAAAAUUAUGUGCCUUCUUCAAACUCAAUCUAACAUUCAGAAUACAUUUAUGCACUGGCAUCUUGCUGUGUUUUGGAAGAUACAGGAGUCUUGGUUUUUUGGAACUGUGUUUUGGUAGAAUGAGAAGCUAAAACAAAAGUAUCAGAUUAUUAAAAGCAUACUAUAUAAAAACAUAGAGGGAGGAAAAAAGGGAAGAAGGGAGAUAGAAGACUUGGAGAUAGAGGGAGCAGUUUGGAGGGAAGAGGGUUAAUCUGAUUUUUUUUUCAAGCCCCGAGAAAACCCAAACAUAUCAGGAAGACAGGCAUGAUACCCUCUGGAGCAGAUAUGAGCUAAGUGGGUUCUAGGGAGGGAAGAGCUGGGUGAGUGGCCUUUCUCCAUACAAAGAGUGAGGAUUUGAGUAGAAAAGCAACAUAACAAAGGGGUUGGUUUUCACAAAUAGCCAUCUAUACAAUAAAGCUGUUUUUCACAAAUACAAAUUAAUUUUUUAAGUUU